GGAAGUAUGAGAGUAGUUAUAAUUUGCCAGCAAUCAUUUUUUUCAGCACCACAACUUGCCCUCACUUCAGUGAAGCAAAAUUUUAUUGUGGGAUAUAGCUGAAAAGAAGACAUGAACUCCAAAACAUUUACUUGUUCAGCUCGUUUAUUCCAACACUGCUUACCCAAACAUAGGCGUGUUUUCCACAUGAAUCCUGCGCAGAUGUUUAGGGGACUAUCUCGGGUGACCCAGGGAUCAGGUGUGCGCACCGUGGACCUCCGGAGCGAUGCGGGAACCAAACCUGGAGCUGCCAUGCGCAAAACUAUGGCGGAGGCAGAGCUCGGGGAUGAUGUGUUUGCAGAGGACCCAGCAGUUAAUGAAUUACAAAAAGAAGCUGCAGAUAUGUUUGGUAUGGAGGCUGCUUUAUUUGUCCCUACAGUAACGAUGGGUAAUCUAAUUGCAGUUAUGGUCCACUGUAGAGAAAGGGGAGAUGAGAUGAUAGUUGGUGACCUCUCUCAUAUUUAUAUCUAUGAGCAGGGUGGAAGUGCACAGCUGGCAGGUGUCCAUUCUGUAGCAGUGACUACACUAGCCGAUGGCACAUUUGAUCUAGACCAGCUGAUCUCCAAGAUCCGUCAUGGUUACCCUAACCCGCACUACCCACGCUCUCGACUGGUCUGCAUUGAAAACACACACAAUAUUCAGGGAGGGCGAGUCCUUCCACUCUCAUUCCUGCAGGAGCUUCGCUCUGUGGCUGAUAAGUUUGAUCUGGCAGUUCAUAUGGAUGGAGCGAGGUUAAUGAAUGCAGCCGUUGCUCAGGGUGUUCAUCCCUCUGUUAUACUACAACAUUGCCACUCCGCCAGUGUGUGUCUAUCCAAGGGGCUGGGAGCACCUGUAGGAACCAUGCUUUGUGGGUCAAAAUAUUUCAUAGAGAGAGCAGUUCGUGCUCGCAAGGCACUUGGAGGAGGAAUGCGCCAAGCGGGUAUUUUAGCAGCAGCUGGUAGGAUCGCCCUGUCAGACAUGAUUGGCAGAUUGGAAGAGGACCACAGGAACGCCAGACACUUUGCUGAAGCGCUUAUACAGUGCCAACCUGCUUUGUACCAGCUGGACCUUGCCACUGUGGAAACAAACAUUGUAAAGUUUUGUCUUCAGGACCAGCAGAUGAGCCCAAAUGAGUUCUGUGAGCGUAUGGCAAGGGUUGAUGAGCAGGAGGUGAAGGCUCUGGAUCAGGGGGUCCGGGUGCUGAUGUUCUCUCAUGUUGGAAAUGCAGUCAGGGCUGUGUGGCAUCUGGGUAUCAGUGAGGAAGAUACUGAACUGGCUAUAGAGAAGGCUCGGUUUGUGGCCCAACAGCAUAGAUACAAGUCUGUCAGGACAGCAGGAAACCAAUAAUUCUCAUCCAAGACCAAAUGUUUUUACAACAGUCCAUCUCAGUUUAUCUCAAAAAUACUCCAGCUUAACUUAAAAGGGACGCUCCACUUUUUUGGAAAUAUGCUCAUUUUCCAGCUCCCCUAGAGUUAAACAUCACUUCACUUGGUAACUUUUAAUAGCAGGGGACUAUUUUCAGGCACUGCGUAAUAUCAUUGCGCCUCCUGCAGCCAUGUUACGGCAUCAAAGGCCUUGAUUAUUACGCCAGAAUGAGAAUAUAGUUCCUAGCCAUAUCUGCCUAGAAAAUCACAACUUUACAUUUUUCAUCUGUCUUUGUACAUGAUGUAACUACAGAAGAGUCAAGUUUUAAAUAGGUAAAAUAUCGAAACUAUUUGGUUAUUUUUAGCGCAAUGCUAAUGGUCCAAUCAGAUUCAAUGGAUUAUGCUAAGCUAUGCUAAAAGUGGUCAGCUGAAUGGAUUGCAAAAUGUUGAACUCUAGAUGAGCUGGAAAAUGAGCAUAUUUUCAAAAGUGGAGUGUCCCUUUUUUACACCCCACAAAAAAGUGUUAAAAUUUAAUGUUGCACAAUGUUGCACAAAAGUUUCUUUGUAAAGGAAAAUUGUUUAUUAGUGGCAUCACUGGAAAGAACCACUUUUAGCACCUUUAAGAGUGCAAUGUACCAUCUUGUACCAGGUUUGAAAAUCAAGCCAAGACUUGCACUAUUAUAUUAUACUAUUAAAGGGGUGUUGCAAUAAUUAUGCCUGUGUGUUUAUUUACAAUGAGCAGUUUUCUAUACUUCAACCUUAAUGACAAUUCAGCGUUUUGAAAUGUUUUUACAAUAAUUUGUGUGAUGAUUUGACUUCCGUUUAAUUCCAUACAAUGAGCACCAGAAGUAGUUUAUAGUGGUAAAAAAAAGAAAAGCAAACAACCUGUGUCAUUUUUCUAGGUUUGUUAUUUUCAUCAAGUGUUAUAUAAGAGCUUCCCAUAAUGAUGAGACAGUGCAGAGAGACAUCUUCAUGAUGACAAAGAGGCGAUUGCGUUCAAUACAAUAGACAUCAAAAGGGGAUCAGGCCACUGUCUAGUCAAUAUACAGUCAAACUUAUUUUCUUUAAUUGCUAAUGCAACCUUUUACACCACAGACUGAACAAAAUUAAGCAUUGCUUGGUUAUUGGUUGACCUAAAUUGGUAUUCUAAUUGUGUGCUUAUAUAUAACAGCUGACAGCUAUUCAGUUAAUUAAUAAAACAGUCUACUAGAAGGAUGGCUAAAGUGAAAUAUUAAAUCAAAUAGUUUAACUCUUGAGUUCUUAUGAUAUUUUAUUAGUGAAUAAACUUUGAUAAUGUGAGAAAUGUUGAAGGUGUUUAAAUAAAUUCUGGUUUGUUUGACUGUAUCUUUUAAACAUAUUUGGGUGGAUAAUUACUCAUUUACUGUAUCUUUCGAGUCCAAUUAUCAUUAAUAUGCACUUUUAAUAAACA